CUACUGAAGUUGAGAAAUGAGAGAAAGGUGAGUUCCUCUGAUCUCCCCCGAAAUGAACAUGUGGGGGUCCUAGCCGUUCUGUUUUCUUAGGUAGCCUGUUAAAAUGCCCGAACUCAAAACACUUCUUUUUCCAAGAUGGCGUCGAUGAAGGAUAGCGACACCGGCCUGUGGCUCCAUAAUAAACUAGGAUCAACGGACGAACUUUGGGCGCCUUCUAGUAUUGCUUCACUCCUUACCGUUUCAGUUAUUGACAAUAUAAGGCUGUGUUUUUCGAGUUUGUCGCCUCCGGUCAAGCUAAAACUUUUGCUUGGGAUGCUGCAUCUUCCAAGGCGGACUGUUGAUGAGAUGAAGGAGGCCCUCUCAGAGAUCAUCCAGCUUGCCACGGUGGACUCCGAGCCCUGGGUCCUGAUGGUGGCGGACAUCCUCAAGUCCUUCCCAGAAACGGGCUCCCUCAACCUCGACCUGGAGGAGCAGAACCCUAACGUACAGGACAUCUUGGGGGAGCUCCGGGAGAAAGUGAGCGAGUGUGAGGCUUCGGCCAUGCUGCCUCUGGAGUGCCAGUACCUGAACAAAAGUGCCCUCACCACCCUGGUGGGUCCACUCACGCCCCCCGUCAAACACUUCCAACUCAAGAGGAAGCCCAAGAGUGCCACCCUCAGGGCAGAGCUACUGCAGAAAUCCACAGAGACGGCUCAACAGCUGAAAAAGACUGCCGGAGUGCCAUUCCAUGCCAAAGGAAGAGGCCUGGUCAAGAAGAUUGACACCACCACACCUCUCAAGGGGAUCCCCAAAGCCCCGUUCCGCAGCCCCACCACCCCCAGUAUGUUCAGCCCCCCCAGCAACCGCACACCCAUCGCCCCAGCACGGACGCCCCUACGCAAGGAGAGGGGGGUCAAGUUGUUAGACAUCUCUGAGCUUGACAUGGUGGGAGCAGGAAGAGAAGCCAAGAGGAGGAGAAAGACGUUGGAAACGGAGGCUGGGGAGAAAGCGGCCAAAGAGGAGGCGGUGGUGGAGAACGCCACACCUGACUAUGCCGCAGGACUGGUGUCAACACAGAAACUGGGCGCGUUGAGCAACGAGAGCGCCCUGCCGUCAACAAGUUACCUCCCCGCCACCCCCAGUAUGGUCCCGUCCUCUUCCUACAUUCCCAGUUCCGAGGCCCAGCCAGCGAAUGCGGGCGGUUCGGGACGUGACGCCCUGCAGUCGGGUCGCCAGCCUGAGGAGUCGGCCCCGCCCAGCGCCGCAGCGGCCACCACGGUCAUCACCCUCCCCGGCCAGUUCAAACAGCGGACGGCCAUGUACAACGCCAGCAACACAGCCGCUAGCCCCACCGCCCCCGCCUCCCCCAGCACGCCGGCCAGCACGCCGGCAAGCAGCAACGGCCCCCAGGCUGCCGCAACGGCCACGCAGCCCGAGACCCCCGCCACGCAGCCCCCGGCUACCCCCCAGGCACCCACGCCACAGCAGCCACAGCCCAAGAAGAACCUCUCGCUCACGAGAGACCAGAUGUACGCUGCCCAGGAAAUGUUCAAGACGGCCAACAAGGUGACAAGGCCGGAGAAGGCUCUCAUCCUGGGGUUCAUGGCCGGAUCGAGAGAGAACCCGUGUCCGGAGCAGGGUGACAUCAUCCAGAUCAAGCUGAGCGAACACACUGAGAUCCUGCCCAAAGCGGACGGCACCGGCAGCACCACCAUGCUGGUGGACACAGUGUUCGAGAUGAACUACUCCACGGGGCAGUGGACCCGCCUCAAGAAGUACAAACCCAUCACCAACACCUCCUGAGGUGGCUGCUGGUCGGGACUAAAACAAACACACACACGCGUAUAAACACAAACACAUACGUUUUUGCACAUACACAAGCAACAACAUACGCAGGCCACCUUCCUUAUCGGGCGGCCAGGGACUUGUUUUCACACACACACACGGGCCAAAUCCAGAGUGUGAGGGGCUGGGGUGGGGGGGGUGGGGGGUGGUUGUGUGGGGAAUAUGUGGGCGCAGGUUAAGAGGGCUUGGGUCCCUCAUUUUCAAAAGUUCCUGUAUUGCCAAAAGGCAGGGACCCUCAAGACUAGUUUCAGGUUUUCUUUUUUGUAUGAUUGUUGUUUUGGUUCCUGUUUUUAUGUCCCCUCAGAUUGCUGAAUGUUUGUGCUAAAGAAGAGUCCUUACACCUUCUUUUCAUAAGACACCUCUCAAGACUUGCUUUACGAUUAAACGGUACAAGCAUGUCGCUAUGUCAAAAGAGAAACAAUCUUAUUACAAAUGUCUGUGUUUUUCAUUGUGAGAAUGUAAAGAAUGACGUUUGCAGCAUUUGUUUUCCAACUUUCUGUCUAAGUAAAAGGGUCAUUUAAGGAAAAAAGAGCCCAAAACGCAUCAGUAAAAAUGUGACGGAGGGAUGA